AUGGCCUCCAAGGCGCUCCCUGCCCACCUUCGCGCUCCGGCGAACGACGCCUCAAAUGCUGGCUCCUUUGAGGGCAAGCACCACGGAAAGUCUCAAUCGCACAUGGCGUUCACAUCUUUGAUUACUUCAUUUUCUCUUACCCACGUUGUCAUCAAAUCUUGGGGCCCCCUCUCAUUUGACACCCUUUUGACUAUUUUAAACUACCCCCUCCCCCUCCCCCUCCCCCUCUUCCCUCUCCAGCUCUCUCAUUUGAAACCCCCCUUCCGCUUUCGCUCUAUGACCUCCAUGGCGUCCAAUGGUUCAGGGCUGACUAGACUUGCCUCCCACCAGGCUUUCGAGAAUGCCUCGACUAGCGUGGCCGCUUCACAAAUGCGUAAUGCGCUGAAUGCGCUCGCCGACUCCGUCACCGACGGCAGUGAGAAGAAGCGAUUUGAGGCGGAGAUGGAUAACUUCUUCGCUCUGUUCCGCCGUUUCCUCAAUGACAAGGCCAAGGGCAACGCUGUCAACUGGGACCGCAUUGCGCCUCCGCAGCCCUCGCAGGUGGUGGGCUACGAUGAACUCGGUGCGGAUGCCUCAGUCGAGUUCCUCAACAAGCUGGCCGUAGUCAAGCUGAACGGUGGUCUGGGUACCUCCAUGGGUUGCGUGGGUCCCAAGUCCGUGAUUGAGGUUCGCGAGGGCAUGUCCUUCCUCGACCUGUCGGUGCGCCAAAUUGAGCACCUUAACCGUACUUUCAACGUCAACGUUCCCUUCGUUCUCAUGAACUCCUUCAACACCGACCAGGACACCCAGUCCAUCAUCAAGAAGUACGAGGGCCACAAUGUCGAUAUCAUCACCUUCAACCAGUCUCGUUAUCCUCGCAUCAUCAAGGACUCCCUCCUCCCUGCCCCCAAGAGCUUCGACGCCCCCCUCCAGGACUGGUACCCUCCCGGACACGGUGACGUUUUCGAGUCGCUGUACAACUCUGGCACCCUUGACAAGCUGAUCGAGCGUGGCAUUGAAUACAUCUUCCUGUCCAACGCCGAUAACCUGGGUGCCGUCGUUGACCUCCGCAUCCUGCAGCACAUGGUCGACUCCAAUGCCGAGUACAUCAUGGAGCUGACUGAUAAGACCAAGGCCGAUGUCAAGGGCGGUACCAUCAUCGACUACGAUGGCAAGGUUCGCCUGCUGGAGAUUGCGCAGGUUCCCAAGGAGCACGUGAACGAGUUCAAGUCCAUCAAGAAGUUCAAGUACUUCAACACCAACAACAUCUGGAUGAAUGUCCGCGCUAUCAAGCGCGUCGUUGAAGAGAAUGAGCUUGAGAUGGAGAUCAUCGCCAAUGAGAAGUCCAUCCCCGCCGAUAAGAAGGGUGAGGCCGACCAGGCCAUCUACCAGCUGGAGACCGCCGUCGGUGCUGCCAUUCGUCACUUCAAGAACGCCCACGGUAUCAACGUGCCCCGCCGUCGUUUCUUGCCCGUCAAGACCUGCUCCGAUCUGAUGGUCGUCAAGUCCGAUUUGUACCGUCUCGAGCACGGCCAGCUGGUGAUGGACCCCAACCGUUUUGGUGGUGUGCCCGUCAUCAAGCUUGGCUCUGACUUCAAGAAGGUCUCGGACUUCCAGAAGCGCAUUGCCAGCAUCCCCCGAAUCGUCGAGCUGGACCACCUCACCAUCACCGGUGCCGUUAACCUUGGCCGUAACGUCACCCUCAAGGGCACUGUCAUUAUCGUUGCCACCGAGGGUAGCACUAUCGAUAUUCCCCCGGGUUCGGUUCUGGAGAACUGUGUUGUUCAGGGUAGUCUGAGAAUCCUGGAGCACUAG